AUGAUGAUUUAUGGUUUGGACAGAGCAAGUUCAAUCAUCAAACUCAUCAAAAAGGUGAACAAGUCAUUGCCUCAUGCCAUGGCUAUGACACGAGUUUUGUCCACCAGAUUCAUGGAUAUAAUGACUCAUCCUACGGCCAGGGAUGUCAUUCUGCAAUGCCUAAUCCUCUUUCCAAGGAAGCCUAAUGAGGUGCUCUACGAAAAAGUAAUACUGCAUUUCCAAGAUUUGGCCAUACACGAAGUUGGAUGCAGAUCAUUGAUCGACUGCAUCGCCCUCAUUCAUGGAGAUCAAAGAGUUAGACUUAUCAAUAAGAUAGCAGAUGUAUCGGAUUAUCUUUCAUAUGAUCGACACGGGAACUUCGUCGUACAAAAUCUCCUAGGCCUUAAAAACAAGGGGAUUACCAAGAAAAUAACAUGUUGCCUGCAAAAUCAGUUUAUGGGAUUGGCGGUGAGAAAAGAAGGAUGCCUUGUGGUAGAGAAAUGCAUGGAAGCUUCGGACGAUGGGAUUAUCGCAGUGGCUAAGAAGAUAAUAGACUGUCGGAGAGGAGCUGUUCGACUUGCUCGAAAUCGGUUUGGGAAUUAUGUGAUUCAAGCAGUAUUAGAGAAGACUAAGGAGCGCGGUUUCAAUAGUCUUUAUGAUGCUAUAGUGAGACAGCUGGAGGCUCGUUGCAGAGCAUCAAUUGGUCGGACGCAGGGCGGAAUAAGAUCAACUCAGGAUGCAUAUAUAAGAGAUCAGUCUAGUUUGCAUGAAUGGAUUAUUAUCUUUAUGUAG